GUGGGUUUGUGUUGUUGGUAUUGUUGAUUUUAUUUUGUUUUUACUUGUAGGAGUCACAUGUACUCUCCCGAACCCCCCGCUGAUGGCAUCUUUCGUCAACCCCAACGAUAGCUACACGGCUAGUACAACUGUGACUGUUACGUGUGACAAUGGCAAUGACCAAGCUGAGUGGAUUUGUAACGCUUUUACAGGAAACUGGGACGAAGAGCCAAUCGACUGCUCCGAUCAGUCUUCAGAUCAACCUAUAGCAAUAUACGCGGGAAUUGGCGGUGGAGUAUCGCUCUUAGUGCUGCUGUUGUGUAUAUGUGCAUGUGUCUACUGGACGAAACGCAAACCGCAAAGACCUUCUGUCGCCACCCCCGUUCGGUCUGCCGCCCUAUAUAUGACUGCUGUUUACACUGCAGGAGCCCAGCCUGGCGUAGUCACAAUGCCUGCUCAGGCAGGUGCUAUGCCGGGCAAUCAUGCCACCAGCUUUGUUAACCAGACAGUCCCCUACCAUCCUGGUCAGGCAGUUGCUAUGCCGGGCAAUCAUGCCACCAGCUCUGUUAACCAGACAGUCCCCUACCAUCCUGGUCAGGCAGGUGCGAUGCCGGGCAAUCAUUCCACCAGCUCUGUUAACCAGACAGUCCCCUACCAUCCUGGUCAGGCAGGUGAUAUGCCGGGCAAGGGUGAUAAGAAGCAGCUCGAGUCUGAAUACGAGACUUCCUUGGACGCGAUGAAUGGACCUUCUGGUGCGGCAGCAUAUCCAGAGCAGUAUCCAGGGCAACCUGGAGCGCCUCACCCUUACUUCACAAACCCUCAAAACGUAAUACAUACAUAUGAAGAGCUUGAUUCCAAAAGGAGCUAAAUCCAUAUUUUAUCAAAACUGAGUUUUUUGUCUUAAAAUAAUGGUUUCCUACAUAGGAACAAAAUGCACUAUAUGACAUUCUAAAAUUUCACCAGGAAAUAUGAAAUUUUUUAGUUACAAUAUCAUGUUUCAUUCCAAAAGGAGCUAAAUCCAAAUUGGUUUCAUUCCAAAAGGAGCUAAAUCUACUUUGGGUAAAUCAACUUUUUUGUUUCUCCACUUUCCCUUCAGCCAUGUACCUUCAUGUUGUUAUUUAUGUUAAAGGUGUCGUCCUGGACCAAUACUAUAUGAUAAGUAAAAAAUC